UACUAUUUUUUGGUGUAAUUUUUCUAGACUCUAAAUGGAUGUGGCAUAGAAGUACCGUUACCGGUAUUAGCGGUAAAUGCAGCAAUCAGCCGUUUUAUCCGAUUUGAAAUACCAAUGCCGUUAGACGUUAGACAGCAGCAAAAAGAAGAAGAGACAUCAAGUGCACAUCAACAAAGUGGCAGGAGCCGCCAUUACACGAUACAACAGGAAAACAAAUUGGAAGCACGUACACCAACACACACACACAGGCAGAUAAAGAAGAUAAAGAUUAAGAGCGAAAGGAAGGAAGAGAAGAGAUCUCAGCGUAACGCCUACUCAGCAAAAACGGGCGGUGGGUGGCAGGAGGAAGGAGGAGCAACGAAAAAGCGGCUGACUACAACAAAAAUUCUCAAAUGGAGACGAAGAACCCACCCCCAGUGACGACGAGCAAUUAUCACCACCAGAGGGCGCCGCGUACACCGGAGAGCUACUUCAAUGUGCCGGAGUCGGUGGCACUGCUGAAUAUUGUCAAGUCGGAGCGCAUACAGAGCGCGUUCCAGUCGAACCGAAAGAAUCAUGCCAGCGUGUGGGAAAUGGUGGCCGAGGUGCUGAACCGGUUCAGUGCGCGCAAGCGUACCGCCAAGCAGUGCUGCAACCGGUACGAGAAUCUCAAGAAAAUCUACACGCAGCUGAAGAAGAAUCCGGAGCGGCACGUGCGCCGCAACUGGCCGUACAUGUUUCUGUUCAAGGAGAUCGAGGAGCAGCGCGGCGAGUGCUGGGGCUCCAACGGCAAGCGUCUGGCGCUCAUUUCCAAGAAUCACAACGAACUUUCGUACUACCAGCGGCGCAGGCAGGCGGCCGAGCUCGGUGUCCUGCUGAACAAGGACAAUCUGACGCCCCAUCAGCACAGCCUGCUGCAGAGCCUCAGCCAGAGCCAUGCCCACUCCACGGACUCAUCGCAGAGCGGUGCCAGCAAGCUGGAGCGCUUUCUGCCCAACCACUUUGUGGAGGCGCAGCUGAACGAUGUGCCCUGCUCUGGCAAUGGCAACGGCAACGGCCUGACAGUGGGCCUGCCUGCCGGCGUCUAUGACGACAAUCCCAAUCCCCUACAGCUACAAGUGGCAGGCGCCGUGGCGGCUGCCGCAGCUGCCGCUGCCGUGGCCGCCCAGAAACGUAGCCAUGAACUGCACCUGAGCAAUGGCGGCUGUGUCCAGCUGCCGCCGGAUGAGGACGAGGACGAUGAGCCACAGAAUGCUGCAUUUAAGGACCAUCAUCAUCAUGGCCAUGGUCUAGGACAUGGCCAUGGUUUGGGUCAUGGUCUUAAUCUCGGCCAUGGCCUCAGUCAUGUUCAUGGCCACGGGCAUGGGCACUUGGAUGACAGCGCCGAAACGCCCGACUACGAGAAGGACUGCAACGGAGCCCUCAACUUGCACCAUCAGAACAACAACAACAAUAACCACAACGACAACAACAUAUCCAUGAAAUCGGAGCCACUUUCGGAGGGUGAAUUCAAUCCGGAUGACAUUCAGCUGAUGCAGACCAACUACAAUGGGACACAAAACUAUUACUCGCCGGGCAUUGAUCAGAAUAUACUGCAUCCGGAUGUGAUUGUGGACACGGACAACCUAUCCGACUGCAGCUCCUCCACGUCGCUGAAGAAGAGCAAGCGCAAGCUGUCCACCUCCACCGAUGGCGACAGCACCAACUACGAGCUGAUCGAGUAUUUGAAGCGGCGCGAAAAGCGCGACGAAGAGCUCCUCAAACGGAUGGAUGCACGGGAGGAGCGCUUCAUGAAUCUGCUGGAGCGAACGGUGGUUGCCAUCGAGACGCUGGCUGCGGGCAGGACGUCAGUGCGAGAGACUCAGCUGGUGGUGGAUGCGAGUGCCGCCGGUGUUAUCAGCCAGCCAAUGGCACAGGCAGCAGCACCAGCAGCAACGCCAGCAACGACUGCUUCAGCAGCAGCAGCAACACAAACAGCAGAAGCCGCUUCGCCAGCAUCCUCCACUCAUCUGAUAGCCAAACCCACCGACCAGUCCAGCCCCGUAUUGCCGGUCAUGACUUCGCCCAGCCACCGUAGUUGCAGUCGCAGUCGCAGUCCGACAUUGGAGCGAGAGGAGCCAAGUAGCGCUGUCGUUGUGGUGGUGCUCGAUGAACCUGCAAUCGAUGCACAGCCAGAGGCACUCCCAGCAGUUGCUGAGCCGACGGAUGCGUAGGAUCUACAAUCUACUUACUUAAAAGAAAAAAAACAAGAAAAAACCCUCGUGAACCGGCUGGAGGUGGCCCGGUUCGGAGAAUUUUGUACCAAAGACGAGCCACGUCUCGAAUUUUAAUUGAGAUUUGCAACGCUUCAACGUCAAAGUGCUUAAGGAUUCCUUCACCCCGCUCAAACGGAGGAACCCCCCAAAUGGAAUAUUGCGAAUCGCAAUGUUUGUGCCAGAAAUUAUUUUAAAAGAAAUGUUUAUUUAGUUUAAGCUAAAAUCAGAGGGGAGCAAUCGACAAUUUCUAUGAUAAUCUAGUUGCGAGCUGAAAUGGGGCUCAAAAUGCAUUUGUGCAGGAACUUAUACACAUAAACAUCUUCCUCUCUCUCUCUCCCUACCAAUCCCAGUCCCACUCCCACUCUAUUUUUUUUUGUCUUGCGUAAUCUAGAUAAAUACACCAAAUUUUUC